ACAACAACAACAACAACAUAGCACACAAGUUCCGGGAAGUUUUACACUCCUACAUAGGAGUCUACUCCCGUAUUCGGAAGAAGAAGAAGGAUAUUUAUGCAAACAAAGGUUACGAGCUGCAAGCAGUCAAUGCUGGAGUGCCAUGCCCCUCACAAAUGACGAAUCCUAUGUUGCCUGGCCAGUCAUUUAGUGAUCAAUGUAAAGUAUGUUUUGGAUGGAGGAGUCCUCAGCUUUCUUUUUUCUCCUCAUCAGUAUUUUUGAAAGGUUACAUGGCUCUCAAGUUAUAUCUUCAUGACAUGGUACGUCCAAAUCAUAUGCCAGCUUUUAGAGCACUUGAGAGAUUCUUCAGUGAAAAAGGUAAAUUUGUAAUCUUGGUUUUGUUAUUGUCCUCCAACAAAUAUACACAAAAGGAGGCCACACAAGUUGCAUGUGUUUUGACUCAGCAUUUGUUAUCACAGUUGCUACCACACCCAACAAAUUUUAUUUUGGAUACACAUGCAAAAGGAAAAAGUGCAGAGUGUCCUUGUGGAUGUGGAGCAUUCAUGUUGUAUGGUACAACUUUAGAAUUAAGCCAUAAUCUAUUUUACGGGAAUGCUGAUAUAAUUCUUUUUCCAUCUGACAAAAGUUUAUCCCAAGAUGUCAUGAAUGUGAUGGAAACUUCUUCAAUUAUAACAACACCUAAAUAUUCCUUUGAGAAAGAGUUUGAAGAAGAUGAUAUUGAUGGAGAUGAGUUUGCUGAAAAAGACCUUUCAGAUGUUACGUUAGAUGAAGCCACAAAGUAUGAUCAGGUCUUAAUGCAGGCUAUUUCAGUCUCGCUCUGUAAACACAAACAACUAAAAAACAAAAAACUUAUCAAAAACAACAUUUCUGCAGUUCCAACUUGCCAAAUUACUAAAGACACUUACUGUGUGGCAUUGUAUGAUGCUCAAUAUGACUAUUUGAUGAGAACAAAUAAACCUUUAAAUCUUUUUGAUGGAAAUUCUCUUCAAUUUGAUGCAGUGUUAGAUUUGUGGCUUUUGAUUCACCAUAACUUAUUUUGUUCAACACCCCACCAGAAAGUUUUGAGGGAACUUAAAGGGACAUGUGAU